GUGUCGUGAUAAAAGAACCUCCCACAUUUUUGAGAAACUCUUAUUCUUUUUGUUAAACAAUAUGACAAGUGAUAACAAAAACAAGCUCAUGGCCAACUCUGGUUCCGUGGAUGCCGAAGUCGAUCCUAGCCACGACCCUGCCACCGCAAUUUUACGUCGUAAGUCUGCACCCAACAAGUUAACAGUCGACGAUGCUACAAACGACGACAACUCUGUAAUCACCCUUUCCACUGCCACAAUGGAGAGACUUCAACUUUUCAGAGGUGAUACCGUUAUCGUCAAGGGAAAGAAGAGAAGAGACACCGUCCUUAUUGUUUUGGCUGACGAUGAAAUGGAUGAUAACAAAGCAAAGAUUAAUAAGGUUGUUCGUAACAAUCUCCGUGUAAGACUCGGUGAUGUUCUUACUCUUCAUCCUUGUCCUGAUAUCAAAUAUGGUCAACGUAUCCAUGUCUUACCCAUCGAUGACACUGUCGAAGGUUUAACAGGUAACCUCUUCGAAACAUUCUUAAAACCCUAUUUCUUGGAAGCAUAUAGACCCGUUCGUAAGGGAGACACUUUCCUUGUUCGUGGUGGUAUGAGAGCUGUUGAAUUUAAGGUUGUCGAGACAGAUCCUGAGCCAUAUUGUAUUGUCGCACAAGAUACUGUUAUUCAUUGCGAAGGUGACCCAAUCAAGCGUGAAGAUGAGGAACAAAGCUUAAGUGAAGUUGGUUAUGAUGAUAUUGGUGGUUGUCGUAAGCAAAUGGCACAAAUUCGUGAAUUAGUCGAAUUACCUCUUCGUCAUCCUCAAUUAUUCAAGUCCAUUGGUAUUAAGCCUCCUCGUGGUAUUCUCAUGUUCGGUCCUCCUGGUACUGGUAAGACUUUGAUUGCCAGAGCUGUUGCCAACGAAACUGGUGCUUUCUUCUUUUUAAUCAACGGUCCGGAGAUCAUGUCAAAAAUGGCUGGUGAAUCUGAAAGUAACCUCCGUAAAGCAUUCGAGGAAGCUGAGAAGAACGCCCCUGCCAUUAUUUUCAUCGACGAAAUCGAUGCUAUUGCACCUAAACGUGAGAAGACUAAUGGCGAAGUCGAACGUCGUGUCGUUUCUCAAUUACUUACUUUAAUGGAUGGUAUGAAGGCCCGUGCUAAUGUAGUUGUUAUUGCUGCUACCAACAGACCCAACUCUAUUGAUCCUGCCCUUCGUCGUUUCGGUCGUUUCGAUCGUGAGGUUGAUAUCGGUAUCCCUGAUCCAACUGGUCGUCUUGAAGUUCUUCGUAUCCACACAAAGAACAUGAAAUUAGAUGACGACGUUGAUUUAGAACAAAUCGCUUCUGAAACCCAUGGUUAUGUCGGUGCUGAUGUAGCUUCUCUCUGUUCUGAAGCCGCUAUGCAACAAAUCCGUGAAAAGAUGGAUCUUAUUGAUUUGGAAGAAGAUACAAUUGAUACAGAAGUGUUGGAUUCCUUAGCUGUUACCAUGGAGAAUUUCCGUUAUGCUCUUGGCGCUUCAAACCCCUCUGCUCUUCGUGAAACAGUUGUUGAAGUUCCUACUGUCAAGUGGAACGAUAUUGGUGGUCUCGAAAAUGUCAAGCAAGAAUUACAAGAGACUGUUCAAUAUCCUGUUGAACAUCCUGAGAAGUUCUUAAAGUUUGGUAUGAGUCCCUCCAAGGGUGUCUUGUUCUAUGGUCCUCCUGGUACCGGUAAAACAUUAUUGGCUAAGGCCAUUGCUAAUGAAUGUCAAGCCAAUUUCAUUUCGAUUAAGGGUCCUGAACUUUUGACCAUGUGGUUCGGUGAAUCUGAGGCUAACGUUCGAGAUGUAUUUGACAAGGCUAGAGCUGCUGCUCCCUGUGUUAUGUUCUUUGAUGAGUUAGAUUCAAUUGCAAAGGCUAGAGGUGGAGGUGGAGGUGGCGACGCUGGUGGAGCUGGCGACCGUGUUCUCAAUCAAAUUUUGACUGAAAUGGAUGGUAUGAAUGCAAAGAAAAACGUAUUUGUUAUUGGUGCUACCAAUAGACCUGAUCAAAUUGAUCCUGCUUUGUUGCGUCCUGGUCGUCUUGAUCAACUUAUUUAUAUUCCUCUCCCUGAUGAAACUUCACGUUUAUCUAUUUUGGAGGCACAAUUACGUAAAUCUCCUAUCGCCAGCGAUGUUGAUUUGAGUCUCCUUGCCAAACACACACAAGGUUUCUCUGGUGCGGAUCUCGGUGAAAUCUGUCAACGUGCUGCUAAGCUUGCUAUUCGUGAGGAUAUCGAGAAAGAUAUUGCUAAGGAAAGAGCACGUAAGGUAAAAGAAGAGGCUGGUGAGGAUGUUGGUAUGGAUGAGGAUGACGAAAGUGAGCCUUUGGCGGAGAUUACUCGUGUUCACUUUGAGGAAGCUAUGCGUUUUGCUCGUCGCUCUGUUAGUGAUGGUGAUAUUCGUCGUUAUGAAGUCUUUGCUCAAAAUCUUCAACAACAACGUGGAUUUGGCUCUUUUAAAUUCCCUGAAAGCUCAAGUGCUACUAACAGUGCACAAGCCAUGGACGGUGUUAGUGGCGAGAGUGGUUUCGGUCAAGAAGGAGGUGAUGAUGACUUGUAUGCAUAAAAUCUUUCCUACCAUUUUCAUCUUUAUUACGUGCCAAACUCUCAAAUCAUUUUCCUUAAUCGUUCAAAUCCGUUGCUUUCUUUCAUUGAUGGAUUGUUAAAUAUAUUAAAUAAUAAUAAACCAAUUUAAAUACACUAAUUUCCGUAAAUGGCUGCAUUUACACAA